CUAUAAACGAGCCACGUGGGAUUCCGGAAUAACAAUUCAACACAACAUGCAGAACAGUCACAGUGGUGUAAAUCAACUCGGCGGAGUGUUUGUUAACGGUCGACCCCUGCCUGACUCAACUCGGCAAAAAAUAGUGGAACUCGCUCACAGUGGAGCCCGGCCGUGUGAUAUCUCAAGGAUCCUUCAGACCCAUGCUGAUGCAAAAGUCCAAGUAGUGGAUAAUCGAAAAGUGUCCAACGGGUGUGUGAGCAAGAUCCUGGGCAGGUAUUAUGAAACGGGUUCUAUCAGGCCCAGAGCAAUCGGAGGCAGUAAACCCCGAGUAGCGACUCCCGAAGUGGUAUCGAAAAUUGCUCAGUACAAACGCGAGUGUCCGUCAAUCUUCGCCUGGGAAAUUCGAGACAGAUUGCUCUCCGAGGGAGUCUGCACCAACGACAAUAUACCAAGUGUGUCAUCGAUUAAUCGAGUCCUUCGCAACCUGGCUAGCGAAAAGCAACAGAUGGGAGCAGAUGGGAUGUAUGACAAGCUGAGGAUGCUGAACGGUCAGACAGGUGCUUGGGGUACCCGGCCAGGUUGGUACCCUGGCGGCUCCAUCCCAGGCCAGGCUAACCAAGAUGGCUGCCAACAACAGGAAGGAAGUGCUGAAAAUACCAAUUCCAUCAACUCAAACAGUGAUGAUUCAGACGAGGCACAGAUGAGACUGCAGCUGAAGAGGAAACUGCAGAGAAACAGGACAUCUUUCACCCAGGAGCAGAUUGAAGCCCUGGAGAAAGAAUUUGAAAGAACUCAUUACCCUGAUGUGUUCGCCCGAGAACGAUUAGCGGCCAAAAUAGAUCUACCUGAAGCUAGAAUACAGGUGUGGUUCUCCAACAGACGAGCGAAGUGGAGGCGGGAGGAGAAGCUGAGGAAUCAGAGACGCCAGGCGAGCAACACACCCAGUCACAUCCCCAUCAGCAGCAGCUUCAGUACCAGUGUUUAUCAGCCCAUCGCACAAUCUACAACACCUGUAUCCUCUUUUACAUCAGGCGCAAUGCUGGGGCGGGCAGACACAUCACUUACAAACACUUACAGUGCUUUGCCACCGAUGCCCACCUUUACCAUGGCAAAUAACCUGCCUAUGCAACCACCAGUGCCCAACCAGACGUCGUCCUACUCCUGUAUGCUGCCCACCAGCCCGUCGGUGAAUGGCCGCAGUUAUGAUACGUACACACCGCCUCACAUGCAGUCACACAUGAACCCCCAAUCCAUGGGCACACCGGGGGCCACAUCCACAGGACUCAUUUCCCCUGGAGUGUCUGUACCUGUUCAAGUGCCAGGAAGUGAUCCGGACAUGUCGCAGUACUGGCCCCGAUUGCAGUAAGUGAAGGACUGUGGAGAGUCAGAUGUGCAGCAGUAUUUGUUUCUGAGAGCGGACUCUGAAGGUAUCUUUGUUCUGGGAGUGCGUCCUAUACACUCACGUGAGAAGACUCAUGGACUUCUGUAGUGCCAGGCGUAUAACGUCGACGGAACAAACUUUCUUUUUUCGUUUCAGUUUCGGAAUUAUUCACUUGGUGUAUUAUUUGUAAAUGGACAUUUGUAUGUUUGAAACAAGAACAAGAACUAGACUCGAUGGAUGUUUGGUACACGUGUUGGUCAUGAAGAGGUUACGAGACGUCAUGGUCAACAAAGUUGCCACGAAUUAGACUUAUAUCGAGUACUUCUACCAAUACAUUUCUAGAUUAUGAACUCUGAUGUUACCAAUUGUACCAUUGCAUUACACUAAAUAUUGGUCAAUAUUGGGGAAGAAACAACUUAGUUGUGUGUAAGCGAGCUGUAUCUGUUUGGAUUCGCCAAAGGUCAUUGACAGAUAAGUUUAUGUGCAAAAGGUAACAGAACUUUAAGGAGGUGGACAAUUUGGUAGAUAAAGGUAGAUUGUGUCUUCGAUAUAAUCCAAUUUGUUAUGUCGAAAUGUAAGUAUUUGUCUUCCCUAGAAAUCUCCCAGAAUGAUUUCUAUAAUAAAGUUAAUUUCAUUUAUAUUCACCUGAAUACUCUAGAGAUGAUUUAUAUUCACUCAUGCAUCAUUGUAGCCAACAUCUUUAUACUUUUCUUUGUUAAGUCCGUACAAGCUAAUUGUCCUGGUAGUUGUAUAUAGGUAGCUGUCACGUUCAGACUUUUUUGUGCAAGUAAAACAAUGUUUCAUACAAAAUUAAACUGGCUAUCAGAGUUUUAAACAUUAAGUGUUGCAGAGCUAUGUUCGAUUGCAUAUCAAAGUUUCAGUCAAGAAUGAUAUCCAAGAUAUACCAAAGCAUACUUUUCAGUUACUACCUGUCUCUUUUUUUUAAACACGGUAUUGUGUUAAAUUUUGUCGAUAAAUUCAGAGGGAAUAGUCUUUGGAUUUAUGGUAAACUAUUCGCUUACUUUGGACCUUACUUGUUUUAACGAGCUUAAAAUCUUUUUUUUUAAAAAUGGAAAAUUCAAUAAAUGCUAUAUUAAUGAACUUAUGGAAUUCCUAAAAUGAUCUUACAUGUCAACAUUAGAUUUUUAAUCAUUCUUGGAUGGGUGAGUUGCAAAUGUAACUGGUGAUAUUCACGUUAUAGAUGCAGUAAGCGAUUUUUAAGUUUUGGCUUCAACACUGUAUUUUUUGUUGUUUAUACAAGAUACAGCGACUAGCGGAAACAAACAACUUGUAAAAAUGUACAUAUUUUGUACAAGUAUUAAAAUAUCGAUUGAAGGGUGAACACCCCUAAAUUAUCAA